GCAGGCUGUCGGUGUCUCUCCUCUCCGUCGUUGCGAAGUAGGCUACGGAGCAUCUUCACAUCAAUGCUUUCUCAUUAACAAGUGGCGCACAUAUAUCUCUUUUGACUUUUGAGUCUUCCAUAGUCACUUUUUGGAAGGAAAUAUAAUCAGUUGGACAUCUGUUUCAAGUUGCUUAAGAUUCCACCAUGAAGCAGACUCUGGAUCCCAUCAGCUCCAUCAGCUCAGAAGACUGGAACACCACUUUCUUCAACUCGUCCAGGGACCUCCAGUAUCCCCCAUACCCCUACUCCCAACAGAACAUCACCUACGUGGACCUCUACCUCCACAAGCCAUCGGUGGCGAUAGUCUUCAUUGUGUCUUACCUGCUCAUCUUCCUGGUGUGCAUGGUGGGGAAUGGUGUUGUGUGUUUCAUUGUGCUGCGGAGCAAGAACAUGAGGACCGUCACCAACCUCUUUAUACUCAACCUGGCCAUCAGUGACCUACUGGUGGGCAUCUUCUGCAUGCCAACUACCCUGGUGGACAACAUCAUAACAGGCUGGCCUUUUGGAAGUUUAGUGUGUAAGCUGAGUGGGAUGGUUCAAGGCAUAUCAGUGUCAGCUUCAGUCUUUACUCUGGUGGCGAUAGCUGUGGACAGGUUCCGUUGCAUCGUGUACCCCUUCAAGCAGAAGCUGACAAUCUCCACCUCCACACUGAUCAUCAUCAUCAUCUGGGUGCUGGCUAUCUCCAUAAUGUGUCCCUCAGGGGUCAUGCUCCAGGUGACCAAGGAGCAGCGUGUCCUUAUCCUACUGGGGGACGGCUACAACAACACCCGCCCCUUCUACUGGUGCCGUGAGAACUGGCCCAAUCAAGAGAUGAGGAAGAUCUACACCACCGUCCUAUUCGCUAACAUCUACCUAGCCCCAUUGUCACUCAUUGUCAUCAUGUAUGCCCGCAUCGGAUUCACCCUCUUUAAGACGGCCAUACCCUCCUCCGGCGGGUGCAGUGGUAGUGGCAGCAGCGGUGGGACGAAACCCAGCCUGGACAACCACCGUCAGUCGAAGAAGAAAAAAAGGGUGAUCAAGAUGCUGUUGGUGGUGGCGCUGCUCUUCAUCCUGUCAUGGCUGCCGCUUUGGACGCUGAUGAUGCUGAGCGACUACGCCAGCCUGACGGCGAGCCAGCACCGCAUCAUCAACAUCUACGUGUACCCGCUGGCCCAUUGGCUGGCCUUCUUCAACUCCUCCGUCAACCCCAUCAUCUACGGCUUCUUCAAUGAGAACUUCCGACGGGGGUUCCAGGCCGCGUUUAAAUUCCAGCUGUGCUCCGCAGUCAUUGAGCGCCAGAAGACCUACUCGCAUCGUAUCCAAGGCAACGCAGUGUUACCAGUGAACCUGCACCUGCCCACCGGGCCCGGCUCAGGGGGGUCGGGAUUGGCUUUGGUGAACAGGAAGGGGCUGGGCCGGGAGGAAGUUGUUGGGCGGACGUCUGGCGGGCGAUCAUCUGGGAGCGACGUGAAGGAGCAGGAUCUGAUCAUGGAGGAUCUGGAGAAGGUGGACAAUAGAGUACCUGUGUCUCUUGCUGGACUGUGCUCAGUCAAAGAGGGGAGUCGGAGGCUGGAUGGAUGCAGGGGGGCACUUGCUGUGCUCCACACCUCUCAGUCAAAGGGAGGGGCACUUAGAGCCGAGGCUGAGGCUGACGCAGUGACUGCCUAUUCAGUUGCCUUGGGACUGAUCAGAACAUGACAAGAGACCAUGCAGGGAUGAGAGAUGCCUCCUGCUACUGCACACGUAAACAGACAGGAGGAUUGGGAAUAAAAAGGAACAGAAUCAACCAACCAACGACCAACAAUGAACCAAUGUACUUAUUGGAUACAGUGAAGGAUAUGAUUUUAUGUUGUUGUUUUGUUUGUACUUUAAUAGUGAUUGUGAAUCAUUCUUUUUAACGAUGAGUGUCUUGCGCCAGAAUUUUAUGCUGCUUUUCUUUGUGCCAAAAUAUAGUAAGCUCUUCUGCAGAACAGGAACAGUUGUUCUGACAAAUGUAUCCUUGUUUACAAAGAAAAUAUUACUUCAUGACUGACAGCCUACUUAAUUUGGAGGCUAAUGAAUAUCUGUCAUAUAAAUACAGUGGCGGUUGAAUUUUGUAACUAUAGUCAUGCAUAUUUUACUCUUUUGGAAAAUCUUCAUGAUGUUGGAAAAUAACUGGUAGCCUAAUAUUUCACUUCCAGCCCACCCAUCAUGCUUUCUAGUUCCCACGCAACACUGUGUCUUAACAUAGUAACAUAACAUCACAGUUAUGUCAGAUGACACAUUGACACUGUUAGGAAACAGGGAAUUAUGGAUCUAGACCAGGGCUCUCCAACCCUGUUUCUGGAGAGCUACCCUCCUGUAGGUUUACGCUCCUACCCCAGAUGUAUAACCUGUUUCAGCUUAUCAACCAGCUAAUUAUUAAAAGGUGUGCUAAAUCAGGGUUUGUUGUAUAAAAGGGUUUGUUGUAUAAAUAUAUGAUGUACUGUAUCAUAUCUGUCAAAGUCAUCAAAUGUUAUGAUAGGUUGCCUGUCAUUGUCAUGCAACUGACAGGGCUCUGAUUUGUCAUGAAGUGUUGCCACAAUUGCGGUGUUGUGAUUGUCUGGUUCAAAAAAUGUAUAACAUAAAAAAUACAUACGUCAGCUUAUCAGUUGAAGAUGAGACCACUCAGCCUCUGAGAUUGUACGAUCAUUUGAACUGUUUACAGCUGCUAAGUAAACCUAAUAAAUGAGUUAAAAACUAUUUAAUUUUCAAGAUGUCAAAGGCUGCGCUAUGUUCCCACAUGAAAAUAUAGUUUAGUAUUCACUUUAGUGUUUUUGCGGACUUUACUGUAGUAUUUAAUGUCGUUUUACAGACAUGACUAGUAUACUGUAAUAUUUACUGUUUACCAUAGUAUAAAUACUGUAGUAAGAAAAAACUGUAGUGUAUAUACUACAGUAAUUACUGUAGUGUUUUUGCAGACUGUAGUAUACUGUAAAUCAAAUCAAAU